GUGGUCUGGUUAUUUCAACUAAGUGAUUUGCUUGAGCUUGUGUUGGUUAGUAGGUGUAGUUUGCUAGCAGUCAGGCUAGCUUUAGACACUGCCAACAUCUCAGUGGCUAUGGUGUUCAAGUUUAGCCUUAGUGUAGCCUUCCUCCUGUUCCUGUGCUCAGCUGCAAGAUGUGAUCUCAUUACGGAUGGAGUUCAUAUGGAGUGUCGUGAGCGUUACUUCAUGAUAGCUGUUGAUCUCUCCUUGACUGGAAAGGAACCUGGUUUUGAGGCUGUGGAUGCAACAGGAGUGUAUGCCAUCACUGAGCAGUAUGCUGCAAAGUGUGGCUAUGCUGUCAGUGUUCUCCCUUUCCUGGGCCACACGGAGCUCAGAGCUUCUUAUUUCAGCUGCCACACUGACAACAAAGAUGAUGUGUUCUUCUUCAAUUUCAACUUGAUUGCUACAUAUAAAGGAAAGAAGGCCAUCUAUGGAUUGAACAAGACCUGCACUUCAUCUCUGCAGUGGUCUCACAGAGAGGUUACCUGUGAGACCAACUACAUGGAAGUGUCUGUGAGGAGUGACAUUACCUGUCCUUUUGGGACAAAUGGAGACAACGGGAAUGCAGUCUCAACUGCACAGAACUCCAGCACCUCAGACUGGCAGGUGACGUUUCAAAGACCAGAGGAGCAGGUGCCGUCCAUGAACCUCUCUCAAGCACAGAAGCAGGGCUAUGCAUUUGACUUGCGACAUGGACGACUCUUAUUUCGAACGCCAUAUGGACAGCCUGACUCGCUGAGUGCUGAGGUGGAGAAUGUUCCAGUAGAGGCAGUCCAUGCAACUGUGUUCUCCAGACAAAACUGGAUUGUCCUCAUGGUUGACUUGUUGGCUGCUUGCUCCAUGUAUGAAGGAUAUUUUGAUGAUGGUGGCUAUAUGAUGUGGAAGACUCCAGAGGUGCUGUACCCCAGUAUUGGUGGCACGCAGAUCAGGAUUGGGCUCAACGGGGAUCUUCUGGAGCAGCUAAUUGCGCAGAAGAAGGGCUACAUUGUGGAGAAGCACAAAGGCACGGUCCACAUCGGCAUCCCUUAUAAGGCUGACGGAGGAUACAGGAAGAGCUUUGUUAACGGCAGCCUCUACGAGUUUUACAUCUUCAACCUCUACGUGGAGCAGAUCUUGCUGGAUCACGAUUAUGUGGAGACCAUGCUCCAGUUUCGCAGGACUCUGGUUACUCCCCUGCUGCCCUGCACAAUUUUCACCAAUAACCAGACAGUCAUUGAAGAACAAAUGUUCACCAUCUAUCUCGGAGAUGUCCCUGAAGAUGUUCAGUUAGUUUCUGUCCAGCUGAAUGGACAAGAUGUUGCACUUGCAUUUAUAAGUGCAAGCACCCACAACAUCACAGAAGUUCUUCACCCCAACACCACCCAUGGCUACACUCUGAAGGUGCUCUUCUCUGACCCUGCUGUUAAACAGAAGUUCUUUGUAGAAGAUGCAGUUCUUCAAUUUAAGCUGGAUCUUAACUACACACUGACUGUACUGCCUGAAAAUGAGCCUUAUUACCACCUGGCAUCCAUUGUAGCAGUGUUUACAGAUGUCUCCCCUCCAGCCUUUGAUGCCGUCUGCUCAAAGUCUGGGAUACGCUUCAAGCUGGCCUACCGUCCUUUUGAUUACGUGUGGCAGAUCACCAUUGGCUCUGAUGUGCUAACAUCAGAACUGGCAGAGCGGCGUGGCUACAUCAUGAGUAACAACAGCAACACUUUGAUACUUGAUGUGCCGCUCUACACUCAAGGGUAUCAGUACCAGGACGUCACUUUGACGGGAUUCUCUGGAACUUUUGAGAUCCUUGUGAGGGAUCGUGACACAUCAGAAGUGCAGGCCUCCACUGUGAAGACCUGUCUGUUCUAUCCUCCUGAAUUCAUCAUGUGUUCGACCGAUGGGAGGGUGACUGUGGUGGCUAACUUGCCUCUGGUGGUCCCAAGUGGUGGGGGGCCAUUAAGAACCAGCCUGAUAGACAAAUCCUGCGGGCCCAAAGAUGCAGAUGGCACCAGGGCCCUGUUUUCUUUUCCUGUCAAUGGCUGUGGCUUCAUGUUUGAGCUUGGGAAUGACAGUGUAACCUAUAAAAAUGAGAUUCUCUACAAGAAUUACCAGAACACGAUAGACUUGGUGUCAUAUGAUCUUACUGAGAGGGUCAUUGUGCAGUGCACAUAUCCUCUAUCUGGUCUCCAUCAGCUCUUCACAAUGUACAAAUUUGUGUCUGACACAGUUGGUGUUGGUAAAAUCAUCCGCACAGUGCAGCCCACAGCAGGUCUGCAACCUGUCACCAGCAAGCCCGCUGCAGCACUUCAAAGCAGACCUACUAUGGCAAGACAAAUAAGAAAACCUAUUGCAUUUGUGCCCGGUGUCCGUCCAUCAGCUCGCUACUUCAGGGUGUCUAAGGUUCAUAAUCUUGCACGUGGCAAAGUAUGACCAUGCCUUUCUUUUUGUGGUGGCAUCUCUGCAGG